AUGGCGGAUGCAUGGAGGCAUCUGCAGGGGGAUUUGCUUCUGCUGCGGGUGGAGUGUGCUGACGUGGCUUGUCUUACCAUAGACGCGCAUGGGUACGAUGUGACGCUCAUCUCGCCCCGCAACUUCUUCCUCUUCACGCCGCUGCUGCCAAGUGUCACCACGGGAGUGGUCGAGGGCAGAAGCAUUGCCGAGCCAAUCAGACGCAUCCUGCUGAGGCACGGCAGCUCGGCGCGCUUCCUCGAAGCUGAGUGCACGGCCAUCGAUCCCGCCUCCAAAACCCUCUCCUGCCGCGCUCCUGCUGCCCUGCCCGCUCCACUGCCCAUGCCGGCUGUGGUGACGCUUGGAGGUCAGGAGGCGGGUGACGGGGAAAGAGGAGGAGAAGGAAAAGGAGAAGGCAGUAAUGCCUCGGGUGGUGGUCGUGGUAACGCUGCUGCUGCUGCUGCUGCUGCUGGGGUUGGUGGUGAGGCUGCUGCUGGGAAGGCUGCUGCUGGGAAAGCUGUUGCUGCUGGGGAUAUCUCUGGCGGUGAUGCGAGGGGAGAAGGUGGGGGUGGGUGUGGCGGCGCCAGGGAGGUUCACUUCACAGUGCCGUAUGACAUGCUGGUGGUGGCCGUGGGUGCCGUGCCCAACACUUUUAAUGUUCCAGGGGUGCAACAGCACUGCCACUUCCUCAAGGCAAGCAUGGGGGGCAUGACAUGGGGCAUGGGUGGCCGUGGGGGCCAGGAGUCAAUGUGCCUGGCGUGCAGCAGCACUGCCACUUCCUCAAGGCAAGCACUGGCCAUCACGAAUGGGGCACGGGCACUGGGAAAGGACCCUGGCACUGGCCACCGGGCAAGAACCCAAGCUCUAGGCCGGGAGGUGCACUUCACAGUGCCGUACGACAUGCUGGUAGUGGCCGUGAGUGCCGUGCCCAACACGAUUGAUGUUCCAGGCGUGCAGCAGCACUGCCACUUCCUCAAGGUGAGCAUGGGGGCAUGGCAUGGGGCACUAGGCGAGGGAGGUGAGGUGCGGUUCACAGUGCCAUACGGCAUAUUGGUGGUGGUUGUGGGAGCGGUGCCCAACACGUUCAUUGUUCCAGGGGUGCAGCAGCACUGCCACUUCCUCAAAGCUGCUGCACGUGGAAGGCGGUCUGGAAGGCGGUCCCACAGCGAGGAGGUAAAACGCAAGGAAGGGGAGAUGGUGCAUCACUUUUUCUCCGAUAUCCCUAUCACCUUCCACCCCAGCCUGCAGGCUGCUGCACGUGGUGGUGGUGGGGGGCUACACGGGGGUGGAGGUGAGAUUGAGAUGCUGCUGCACGUGGUGGUGGUGGGGGGCGGCCCCACAGGAGUGGAGGUGGCAGCAGCAGUGCACGACAUGGUAGAGGGGGACCUCUACCGCCUCUACCCUGCCCUCAAGGGCAAGGCUUCCGUCUCUCUCCUGCAGUCAGGGGAUCACAUUCUCAACAUGUUUGACCUGCGCAUAUCUGAGUUCGCUGCUCGCAAGUUCCAGAGGGAUGGCAUCACAGUGCACACGCACGCGCGCGUCACAGCUGUCACUCCGCGUGCCCUCUUGGUGCGCGAGACGAGCAGCAGCAGGGGGAGCGGCAGCAGCGAUGGCAGCAAGAGUGGAGGGCAUGGCCGCAGCAGUGCGGAGAGCAGUAGUGGUGCAGAGAGCAGGGGGGAGAGGGAGGUGCCGUAUGGAGUGGUGGUGUGGGCAACGGGCAUCACGGCCCACCCCCUGGUUGUGACGCUAAGGGAGCAACUGGGGCAGGAUGACACAGCGCGCAUCUUCCGAGGCUUUGACACCAACGGUGACGGCUGUCUCUCUCCUUCCGAGACCAAGGCGGCCCUGCGAGCCCUCCAGCAGCGCUAUCCGCAUGCUGCUGCUCUGCUCAGGUCACGAGAUCGCAUGGCACAGCUCAUUCAGGAUGCAUUGCAUGCGGACAGCAAGGCAGCAGCACCAGCAGGAGCACCAGCAGCAGCACCGACAGAUACUCCAGCAGGCACAGGGGCGCCGGGAAAUGUGGGGAACGAGCAAGCGUGCGAGGGCAGGGGCCUGUCGCUGGAGCAGUUUGAGGUGGUGCUGCGGCGGGUGGAGGGGCAGAUGAAGACCCUGCCGGCCACGGCACAGGUGGCGGCGCAGCAGGGGCAGUACGUGGCACGCUGCUUCAACCGCCUGCUGGAUCCGGCUUUAGCGCCGGAGGGGCCGCCCAAGCUGAGAGGCGAGGGCCGGCACCUGCUGCAGCCGUUCCGCUACGUCCAUUUGGGGCAGUUCGCCCCGCUGGGGUCGGAGACCACAGCAGCAGAGCUGCCUGGCGACUGGGGGCUCAUGGAAUGUGGCGGGGCUGUUCACCCCUCUGGAGCUGCCUGGCGACUGGGUCAGCAUUGGCAGGUCCACGCAGUGGCUCUGGUACUCUGUCUAUGCCAGGUGGGUGUGCCGUUCAACACUCUGUAUCCCCAGGUGGGUGUGUUGUGCAAUGUGGGUGCGUGCACUCGACUGGGUCAGCAUUGGCAGGUCCACGCAGUGGCUCUGGUACUCUGUCUAUGCCAGGUGGGUGUGCCGUUCAACACUCUGUAUCCCCAGGUGGGUGUGUUGUGCAAUGUGGGUGCGUGCACUCGACUGGGUCAGCAUUGGCAGGUCCACGCAGUGGCUCUGGUACUCUGUCUAUGCCAGGUGGGUGUGCCGUUCAACACUCUGUAUCCCCAGGUGGGUGUGUUGUGCAAUGUGGGUGCGUGCACUCGACUGGGUCAGCAUUGGCAGGUCCACGCAGUGGCUCUGGUACUCUGUCUAUGCCAGGUGGGUGUGCCGUUCAACACUCUGUAUCCCCAGGUGGGUGUGUUGUGCAAUGUGGGUGCGUGCACUCGACUGGGUCAGCAUUGGCAGGUCCACGCAGUGGCUCUGGUACUCUGUCUAUGCCAGGUGGGUGUGCCGUUCAACACUCUGUAUCCCCAGGUGGGUGUGUUGUGCAAUGUGGGUGCGUGCACUCGACUGGGUCAGCAUUGGCAGGUCCACGCAGUGGCUCUGGUACUCUGUCUAUGCCAGGUGGGUGUGCCGUUCAACACUCUGUAUCCCCAGGUGGGUGUGUUGUGCAAUGUGGGUGCGUGCACUCGACUGGGUCAGCAUUGGCAGGUCCACGCAGUGGCUCUGGUACUCUGCCUAUGCCAGGUGGGUGUGCCGUUCAACACUCUGUAUCCCCAGGUGGGUGUGUUGUGCAAUGUGGGUGCGUGCACUCGACUGGGUCAGCAUUGGCAGGUCCACGCAGUGGCUCUGAUACUCUGUCUAUGCCAGGUGGGUGUGCCGUUCAACACUCUGUAUCCCCAGGUGGGUGUGUUGUGCAAUGUGGGUGCGUGCACUCGACUGGGUCAGCAUUGGCAGGUCCACGCAGUGGCUCUGGUACUCUGUCUAUGCCAGGUGGGUGUGCCGUUCAACACUCUGUAUCCCCAGGUGGGUGUGUUGUGCAAUGUGGGUGCGUGCACUCGACUGGGUCAGCAUUGGCAGGUCCACGCAGUGGCUCUGGUACUCUGUCUAUGCCAGGUGGGUGCGCCGUUCAACACUCUGUAUCCCCAGGUGGGUGUGUUGUGCAAUGUGGGUGCGUGCACUCGACUGGGUCAGCAUUGGCAGGUCCACGCAGUGGCUCUGGUACUCUGUCUAUGCCAGGUGGGUGUGCCGUUCAACACUCUGUAUCCCCAGGUGGGUGUGUUGUGCAAUGUGGGUGCGUGCACUCGACUGGGUCAGCAUUGGCAGGUCCACGCAGUGGCUCUGGUACUCUGUCUAUGCCAGGUGGGUGUGCCGUUCAACACUCUGUAUCCCCAGGUGGGUGUGUUGUGCAAUGUGGGUGCGUGCACUUGA